GGGAGGCCAUUAUAUCCCUAAUUUGGCAGGCUAAAAGCAAAUUGUGGAAUGAUGGAAGAAAAUCACUAUUCCACUCAAAUCAACACAGCUUCUGUUUUUAGUGUUCUUUUUCCCGCUCUUCCAUAAAAACGGACCUAUGUGGAUCACUACUGAAUGUUUAUUUUCAUUACUGAGUGACACACAUGUACACACACACACACACACACACACAUACAUAACGUCACACUCAGCCACACAAAGACAAAAGCCCACCAGCAGGGGGGACCUAUUGUGUCCUGGUGGCAGCUCAAUGUGACCUCUGGCCAUGUGGCCCUGUUAACACAACAAUAACUAAUCUCAGUCGCUGACCAGGCAGCAAACAAAACACUGGCUGAGGCUGUCUGCACAGUACUAAACCAGCCACAGCAGCAGAACCACUUAAGAACUCUCACAGGAGAGAGAGGGAGAGAGAGAGAGGCGAGGCAAGGAUAAGAUCCAUAAUCCAUGCCGCGACUGCUGCAAAUCUGACAUUGGAAGGAAGAAGAUUGUGGUUGCUUUGUUUUUUUUGUGUUAAAUCAGAAAUAGGGGAAGGAGAGGGGAAGGGUGGGGGGAGGAGAGAGAGAGUGAUAGAGAUACGGGGUGAGAGAUGAAGCGAGAAAAAAAUAGAGGUAGUUGAAGAUCAAUUUAAGGGUGCUAGGAGACUGUUGGGAAAGGUUGCCGGUGCUUGUGUAUGGGUGUGUGUGUGCGCCAAAUGAGAGAAUCCGCCUGUUACCAGGCAGGGCCGGCCCUCAUCUCAGGUGGGAUGCAGAGGGAGCGCCUCAGCCACAGCCGUGAGGGCAAGAAAUGACACACGCAGGCACACACACACACACACUCACAACAGAGAUGCAUGCGGAGUACAACGACCUCGCGAGCCACCCGCCGCCCUGAGACAACCACAACAAAGGCAGCGCACAGCCGACUGCAGCAGCAUCAGCUCCACCUGCCCAUCCCUUGCCAACCCAUGGCUCCAGCUCCCUGCGUGCGCCUGGCUUGACUCCCUGCUGGUUCCGGCUCGCCAUUUCUUGGGCAGGGGCUUAAUGUUUAACCUCUUCUUCAGUGAAAGGACCCCGGGCUCAACUGCAAUUAAGGUGGUUGCGUGGUGUCCGUCCAGUGCUGGACUACUAUGCUCCAGCUGGAAGGUGCAAAGUGCAGUUUCCUGUUCUGCCUGGGAAUCUGCAUGCUCAUCUGCUCGGUCAUCUACCUGUGGGCCAAGGAUGGCACGGAUCCCCAGGGUCAGAGCGGGCCCCUGGGCUGCAGGCCCUUCUCUCAGUACUGCCGAGCUUUCCUCCCCAGCACCAAGGGCUCACCAGCAUGGCAACGCCGCGACUGCCAGGUGGAGAGCUAUCUUCUGGGUAUGGGGAGUCGAGGUGGGGACCUGGACUGCUCCCACCUGGUGAGGGAGCUUCACUUCAUCACCAGCCCGCUGAGCCGCGAGGAGGAAGACUACCCUCUGGCCUUCAUCCUCACUGUCCACAAGGAGCUGGAGCUGCUGGUGCGCCUGCUGCGGGCCAUCUACACACCGCAGAAUGUCUACUGUGUCCAUGUGGACGCCAAGGCUCCGCGGGAGUACAGGGAAGCCGUGGCGAGCCUUGUGGGCUGCUUCCCCAAUGUGUUCCUGGCCAGCCACAGCGAGAUGGUGACCUACGCCGGCUUCUCACGGCUGCAGGCCGACAUCAACUGCAUGAGGGACCUGGCGGCAUCGCCUGUGCCCUGGAGGAAGGUGCUAAACCUGUGCGGCCAGGACUUCCCUGUCAAGAGCAACCUGGAGCUGGUGCGCUACAUGCAGAGCAAGGAGUGGAGGGACAGGAACAUGACCCCGGGCAUCAAGCAGCCUGCGGCCAUGAGGCACCGGACUCAGCUGCAGCACAGGGAGGUCAGGGGCUCCCACGUGGCCCCCAAGCGUGGAGGCCCAAAGAAGGGUGCUCCGCCCCACGGGGUGCAGAUUUACUUUGGCACAGCCUACUACGCGCUAACCAGGACCUUUGUGGAGUUUGUACUGAAGAGUCACGUGUCCAGGGACCUGCUGGAGUGGUCCAAAGACUCAUUCAGCCCAGAUGAGCACUACUGGGUGACGCUCAAUCACAUUAAAGAAGCACCAGGAAGUCAUGUAGGAGGAGGCUGGGGUGGCGAGAUCCGGACAAUCAAAUGGAGGGACCAAGAGGGAACUGCACACAACGGAUGCAAAGGCCGCUAUGUUAGGGACAUCUGCAUCUAUGGUCUGGAGGAUGUGCAGUGGAUCAUCGACAGAAACAGCAUGUUUGCCAACAAGUUUGAGAGCAAGGCCUUCCCAGAAGCUUUGGACUGCCUGGAGCAGUGGCACAGGGACAAGGUCCUGCAGCAAGCGAUGGUUCCCAUCCAGUCAUGGUGGCAACUUGCCACGCAAGGCAAUACCACCGCUCUUUUCAACGCCACGGUAGGACUUUGACGAGGUUGUGGGGUUCGUCCUGACCAAAAUGGAUGUAGUUCUCCAAUAGACUUGUUGGUUAUCGUAUCACUUCAGAGGGCUGUACUAAAGUGUGCUGCUAGGGCCUUGAUGCAUUUCAGUUGGUACGUUUAGCUCAAAUCUCGAGAAUGGAUAAGCAAUCAAAAGCAAAAAAGCUGAACAACAAUUAUCUAACAUUCUUCUCCAUUCGUAGGAAACUGUUUGCGAGGUAAGCAGGGAAGACUUGUUAUUGACAUAUCUUAGUUGUCCUGAAAUGCUUUGCGGUAAAAAUAGGCUUGUUGUAUCACUAAGAGGCACAGUGGCUGACGCAACCAUAAUCACUAUAGAAUUCACAGGUCUCCCCCCGCGUCACACAAGGCCCUUUAAUGACCUGUUGUGCACUUUGACAACAGAAACACAUAGGCCACUGUCCCAAAGACAUUUGUCAACCUUUACAGGCAAAAGCAUUAGACAGCUCUGUGGACAUGGUUGCUUAGAUGUGUGGUAACUUGAAUAUUGCCAUUUCAAAAACUAUGUUAAGAAUAAUGUAUUUAAAGUAAACUAUUAUAUUGUGUGACUGCCUAUUGCAAAUAAAGUGGCACUCAUUUUAUGACAGCUCUGUUAUGUUGAUAAUUUGCAAGUCGCUCUGGAUAAGAGAGUGUCUGCUAAAUGAUGUAAAUGUAAACAUGAGUUAAUGCUGCCACUUCAGAUUACUCUGACGUUUUUUCUUGUACUGUACUCAAUGAUUUAUGAAAACUUGCCUGAUGGGUCGAUGUUCUCACUGUGGUUUCAGUAUUGUUUAAUAUGUUUUAUAUACACACUUUAUUAUAAUACUUAUGAAAUGCAAUGGUAAGCUUGUUUUCCUUAUCCUCCAACCCCAUUCGAUGAGGAAAUGAAAAACACACAAAAGCUCUGACCAAGGCCUUGAGGCCGAUACGUAAAGCUAAAUAAAGAGCAGUGAUACUAGCAAGAGCAGUGUGCGGGUUUUCUUCUUUUUUUUCUCGUCUGUGAUUGUUAAAAGAUAAAAAUGUGCAUGUGCUAAUCAUGA